AUGUCAAAUACAAUAAGACAAGAACAAAGAGAUGCUAAUGCUGCUCGAAUAAUUAGAAAAAGAGCUGCAGAGACUAAUGAGCAAAUAAACCAUUCUAACCUUAACCUAUCUACUAUCCAAGCUUUAAAGAAUAUGCUUGACGAAGUUAAUCUAUAUAUUAUUAAUCUUCAGCAUAUUUCAUACUUGCCUGCUGAAAAUUCUAAAAAUUUAUCUAUGCUAAUCUAUACCAAUAUUCCCAGACUUGAUCAAAGAACUCACAAUGCCCCAUCAUUAUCUGAAGUUGCAGCUAUUUGGGUUGAUAAUGAUUUUAGUAGAUGCUAUAAUCCCUUGGCAUAUCUGCUAUUGUUUCCUAAUGGUGAACAAGGAUGGGCUCCUUACCAAAUUCUAUAUAGAGACAUUCUCUUAAUCAAUGAGUUGAUUGAUAUUGAUGAAGCUCCAGAAGCUGUUUGGAGAAUUCUAGGAUUUAAUAUGAACAGAAUAAAUCCAGCUAUUACAUGUUUACAGGUACAUCUAUGUGAUCAACAAAGGAUUAAUUUCAAUAAAGAUAACGAUCUAGAAGAAGUUAUUGAAGCUGACCAAAAUCGAUAUAUGAAAACAGUAAAUGACUAUAACUUACCAGAAUUGUCACAAAUAAAUACUGCUGAAUUACCAAGAACAAUUCUGGAAGAAUUGUCUUAUCAUAUUACCCAAGAAGAUCUCGAUAAAGCAAAUACGUUAAAUAAAGCUCAGUGUGCAGUAUUCGAUAAAGUACUGGAUCUUAUAAAUAAAGAUAAAAGAGUCUUUCAUUUAGAUGCUAAUAUGCAAGUUUCUCCUGCCAAUGAUAAGAAAAGAACUUUUGUAGAGUACUUACUCAGAAUUGGCAAUGGUACCGAACCCACUAUAGAUAAUGAUCUGAUUCGACUUCCUGAUGAAAUGACUGUUCGUCCACAGAAUCAAGAAGAUUCCAUUGACCCUUUAAUAAAUAUUAUAUACUCUAAUCUUACUGAAAAUUUCUUGAACACUACCUUCAUAACAGAGAGAGCAAUACUAACGUCAUUAAAUAGUGAUGUUGAUGAGAUUAAUGAGAAAAUAAUGGCUAAGUAUCCUGGAGAACAACACACAUACUAUAGCUUUGACUCAGUACCAGAGAACAAUCUAAAUCUAUUUCCAAUUGAAUACCUUAACUCUUUAAUAUCUCAAGGUCUUUCUUCACACGAGUUUAUAUUGAAGCACUAG